AUGCCUCAGACGCUUUGGACAAGAUUCGCUACAUUUCUCUUUCCGACGCUAGCGAGGCCAAGACUCUUUCAAUUUUUGAUACUGGUAUCGGCUUUACUAAAUCUGAUUUGGUAA